GCGAAUCCAAUAUGGCGGCUUCAUCUGAUAAAUCCCGCGAUGAGAAAAAGAUUGAAAGCAUCUUGUCCCAGCUUGCAGUGCGCUACAAUUAUUGUGUCAUGGAACAUCCGAUAUUGACGAAGAGCGUUACAAGUGCCCUUUCAGCAGGGCUUGGCAAUCUUGUCUCUCAAAAAAUUGUCAAACGUGGGACUGGUGCACUUGUUGAAUACCGACCAGUGAUAGCUUUUGCGGCAUUUGGGUUUUGUGCAACUGGUCCUCUUAUACACUAUUUCUAUGAGGCCUUGGACAAACUAGUCCCCAGGAAGGUUCCCUAUGCAAAAGCCAAAAGACUGUUUGUUGACAGAGGCAUAUUUAGCCCUUUGUUUUUACUGGUGUUUUAUUACGUUGUUGCAAUACUAGAGGGGAAGUCUCAUAGAGAAGCAAUAAUGAAAAUACGGGAGACUUACUGGACAGCACUGAAAAUGAGUUGGAGAGUGUGGAUAGUGUUUCAGUAUGUCAAUCUCAACUAUGUACCCAGACAGUAUAGAGUACUCUGUGGAAACCUGAUGGCAUUUGUUUGGAACAUCUAUCUGGCAAGCAAGCGUGCACAGAAGUCAUAAUUCAUUAAUUUAAUAAUAUAUAAUUUAAUAGAGUUAUAUUUUAUGUUUUCAUCAUAUCCUUUGUAGAUGCCUUUAGCAUUUGUUUUUGAGGAGUGAACCGAAUGAGACAGUAUGAAUUUGAAAUCAAAUUCAGUGACAUUAGUACAUAUAUUGAUGAUUUAAAAUAGAUUUUAAAUUUAAAUUUGUACUAUGAUGCCAUACCUUUGAUGUGUUUUUGGUCUACAUUAAUUAAUCCCAAAUGGUAAUUGUGACCUUUACCUUAUGUAUGUAAGUGGCAGAUAGGGGUAUUGUUCAGGUAACCUGUUUAUUUUUAUACCUAACUUAAAAUGCUUUGUGAGAUAACACUCAUUAGCCGAAAAAAAAAAAAAAAAAAGUGAUGUUGUGGGGAGGAGUUCUGAAUUUGUUUUAUUGAUCAAACAAACACGGCUGCAUGACAGAAACCAGCCUUAUACAUACUUGUCUACCAGUAAGAAAAACUGCAAACUACACUUGAGAAGCCAAGUUCAUGCCUCUAUUGACACCUAGAAAAGUUUGUGGUCUUAUAAUUGUGUAUAUGUUCCUUGAACAGAGGGAUAUUGAACUUUUAGUAGUAACUUCCUACUAACCAGGCAUAAGGUCUGUAUUUGGGAGUAUUGGUGCAAGGUUGUGGAAAUACAGACCUUGCUGUGCUCGGUCUGUACUGAAAAAACCAAAGGCCCUAUUUUCCCCAGUACAGCCUUAAGCAUGAAAAGUCACCAAGUAAGUGGUUUGUUAUAAUAUAGCACUUAAACCAAACUUGUUUAUUUUGAAUUUUCUGGCUCCAGCACUUCUAGCCAACAAUUAGGAACAACUGGGUAUUGGUAGAAAAUAAUUUUCAGAAAUCACAGUGAUUAUGAGUAUUAUAAUAUUAUAAUUAUAAUCAUGUUUACUGAGUAUUGUUCGUAAUAUGUGGCAAACAUGUAUGGAAUAACUGAAACUUAAAACACAAUUAAAUAAAGCACGUUUAUAAUUCAA